UCGAUGUGACCUACCUCCGCUACUUCAUGGACCUGGAUACCGUUCACCAGUGGAACUGGGGGGCAGCUACUCUGGCAUACCUCUACCAGAAGCUGAAUGAGGCCUCCAACUGGAGGACGAGGCAGUUGGUCGGAUCCUGCACACUGCUUACGAGCUGGAUCAUCUCCUACUUCUCCCGCAUCCACGGCUUUCACAUCGAUCCUGCGUACGUGGACGCCAUGCCCAGGGCCGCCAGAUACGAUCUCCAGAGGGGGAACGAUGCGGUGGGACCAUACCGUCUGUACUUGGACCGCACGAUGCACGACGACGUCACCUGGAGGCCGUUCGUCGACUACGCUCAGAUUGUCCCCUUUGACGGCAUUGCUCUAUAUUCAGGCUGGUUGGCAUGCGGGACCGGCAUCAUGGUCCGGUAUCUCCCAGAGCGGUGCAUGCGUCAGUUUGGAUUCGUGCAGCGGAUACCCAGGUCACCGUUUGAGGCUGCUCCCGACACAGUGACCCGAGUGCAGCUCACUGCCAUAUGGGCGGAGUGGCAGCAGCAUGUGGUACCGCAGGAGUACCGUCUCACUCGGGUCACACAGGACUGGCACAGUGAGGAGGGGUACGUCACAUGGUUCUACCGGGUGUCCCAUCCUCUACUGAGACCCGACGUUCCCGGCGCUCCUAGGCCAGCACAUGAGGAGAUCCUGGAGAACCAGCAGGCCGAGGAUGACCACGCCAUUGAUCUCCUGCCGAUCUGCCAGCGGAUAGAGAUGCUUGGGCGGGACGCCUUGGAUCGGGGUGUCGUUCUUCAGGAUGGUUAA